AUGCAACGAGAACGCUACAAUCCGCCGAGCACCUCGGACCAAUUCUACUGCUACGGAUGCAAUCGGCAGAAGAGAAAGUGCCAGGAGCUGAUGGACCAGCAGUACCUGAUGUACGUCGAUGCCACCUCGACGAGACAUGAGCUCGAGAAGAGGAUCAGCCAGCUGGAGCUACUGGUGCAGUUGGAGACGCUUGAGACGGAGAAGGCGAUGAUGUUGGCCGACAGACCGAGGACGAAGGCGCCGAAGACGAGCGAGAAGGACGAGGAGAAGGAGUCGUUGAAGAAGCAAGUGGAGGAUCUGACAAAGAUGAACGAGAAGCUGGCCGAGGAGCUGCGGAAGACGACGGUUCCGGUGAAGAAGUUCACGUUCGACGAGUGGAAGAGCGGAGUCGAUGAGAUGUGGAAGGAUAGGAUUGAGGAGUUGAGUUGGCAGCUCGUCGACAAAGAAGAAGAGCUGAACAAGUACAAGGAGGCGUUCGAGAAGCAGAAGAGGAUAACGGAGAGGGCUCGAAGGAAGAACGCCGAGAUUCAGGAGACCGUGAACGCACUGACCAGAGAGCUGUCGGAACUAAAGCGGCCGGAGCAGCAGUGA